AUAUAUUGUAUUAUAAACAAAACUUUAACUGCAAAGUAUUUGUUUUUGGAAGAAAUUGGAAAUUUCCAGUUACUGAUCGAAAGAGUUAACUAUGAGCGAGUCGAAAGUGGAGAAAGGCGAACUGAUCACUCAGGUGAAGCAGCAAAUCGCAGUGGCCAACGCGCAGGAGAUGCUCUCCAAGAUGACAGAGAAGUGUUUCAAGAAAUGCAUCAACAAGCCAGGACGGAGUUUGGAUGGCACCGAGCAACGGUGCAUUACACAGUGCAUGGAUCGUUUUAUGGACACCUGGAAUCUAGUCUCACGCGCCUACGGCAAUCGUCUUCAACGCGAACAGACCAAGGCAAUGCAGAAUUUAGAUGCCAUCAACUAAUUUAAUUUGAUCUGGAAAAUUAAGUUGCAAUACAAAUUGUCUUUAUCUGUUCCCCCCU